UCUUCAAUCAGUUACUUCUCGGUGAAGUAGAAAUAGAUAGGUAGGGAGCAUUGACAGAGGUUUUGGGUCUGAUGUGAAUUACUGCGGGUGUUUUUGAAUGGUUCUGAGAUGGUAAGGAGACGUGUACUUCCGUGGGAAGCGAUGACGUCGUCGUCUGCCGCGUCGAGGAGGACCGUUGAUCGCAAACCAGUCAAAAGAGAUAUUACAGAAGCCUCGAAAAGGAAACGGGAACCGGAGACUGCGUCUGAAAGUCAUGAUGAUACGACAAUCACAAAACCACGACAUGAGCCGAGACGGUAUCGACCUCCCCCGUCCUCAACGCAGGUGUUCUCCUCCCCCUCAUCAUCAUCAUCUGAUACCGACCCCAGCGAUACACACAAGCGCGCAAAACCACCAUUCCUACCAACAGAGCUAAUGCAGCAAAACGACAAGGCUUAUCGCAUGGUCGAAGACGAGUUUCUUGAAACAGUACAUCUGUUCACGGCAGCGGUGCACGAGGCAGAGCUGAGAUUGCUUGAAUCAGCGGGUGCGAAAGAUACCGAUGAGAGUCCGCGCCCUGCGCUCAGCAGCGACGAUGAAGUCCCUCUGGAAGAAGUUCGUGAUGAGGUCCCGCUUUCGACGUUAGGAACGCUGAUGCACGCUCCUCGCCUAUCUGCUUCCCGCACUCCAGCACCCACCAAGAUAAAACCUCCCCCUCCCAAACCCUCCCCAGAUUCUCAGCCCGCCGACGCUGCGACACAUCUCGCAGAACCUGACCGUCCUCCCCCAGAACCCGCCAGCGAUAACGACGAUAUAAUGGAAAUCAUCCGGCUCACACAGGUACCUUCGUCGCCGCCGGUGCCUUCUGCUGCUCCCUCCUCGUCGACCUCCCCUGCGCCCACAACAGCUGCAGCGGUCGCAGCUACCGCGACGCAAAGCUUCGAUUAUGAUAGUGAUAUUGAUCACUUCAUUCGCGAAACGGCUAAAACGACAACGUCAGAGCCAGAGCCUAAGCCUAAGAGAAAGACAAAGCCAGAACCCCCUUCUACGACAUCGAACCUUUCUACUACCACCACAGACGCGCCUGUCUCCCUCAUGAUGCAUCUUCUCGCUCAAGCCGAGAUUCAACCCGACAAAACAAUCGACUCUCGCCGACCUGCUCGGAGAUCUAGAAAACCAGUCUUCCGAUACUGUCUAUGACAGAAUUCUACACUACAAUCAAGAACUUAUCAA